UGCUGAAGAAACUCUUCUCAAACGCCCGGGCAGCGGCCCGUGCUCUCCACGCGCGGUUGACCCCCACAGGCCACCAGUAAAGGAACUCCCCACCAUCCUCCUCGCUGUUCGCCGCCGCCGCCGCCUCCCUCCGCUAAAUCCCCACCAUCCCUCCUCGCACCGCCUCGGCCCCCCUCCGCAGCUCCCCACUCCGCCCUCCCGGCGCGCCACCCACCGUCGACUCGCGCCCGGAACCCUAGGCAAGCAACGGCGAUCGCCGGCCAGCAGGCCAUGGACGGCGGCGCGGCGGAGCUGCGCGAGACACACCGCCUGACGGGCCACGCCGACCGCGCCUGGUCGCUCGCCUGGAACCCCAACCCGGGCCCCGGCGCGGGCCCCGUCCUCGCCUCCUGCGGCGGCGACAAGACCGUGCGCAUCUGGAAGCGCGCCCCCGACGGCGUCUGGGACUGCUCGGACGUGCUCGACGGCGUGCACGAGCGCACGGUGAGGUCCUGCGCCUGGUCCCCCGACGGGAAGCUGCUGGCGACCGCGAGUUUCGAUGGCACCACCGCGAUUUGGGAGUACUCCGGCGGGGACUUCGAGUGCGUCGCCACAUUGGAGGGGCAUGAUAAUGAGGUGAAGAGCGUGUCGUGGAGCCAGUCCGGUUCGCUGCUCGCGACGUGCAGCCGGGACAAGGCAGUGUGGAUAUGGGAGGUGCAGCCAGGGAACGAGCACGAGUGUGUAGCCGUGCUGCAGGGGCACACUCAGGACGUGAAGAUGGUCCAGUGGCACCCAGUCCUUAGUGUUCUGGUUUCUGUCAGCUAUGACAAUACCAUCAGGGUCUGGGCUGAUGACGGCGAUGAUGACUGGCAUUGCGUACAGACAUUAACUGAAGCCGAUAACGGUGGUCAUUCCUCAACAGUAUGGUCAGUAUCUUUUAACCAGAAAGGAGAUAGGAUGGUCACAUGCAGUGAUGACUGUACUUUGAAGAUUUGGGAUACGAGUGUUGAUUUGUCGCAGCCAACAACCGGAGAAGGUCAUGAAUCUUGGCGACAUCUUUCCACUUUAUCUGGACAUCAUGGUCGAACUAUUUUUUCAGCCCAUUGGUCAAGCGAGGAUGUUAUUGCCAGUGGGGCAGGUGAUGAUGCUAUCUGCUUAUAUGCCGAGGAGAAGAGUACUAUGGUUGAGGGGCCUUUGUACAGAUUAAUAUUGAAGAAAGAGAAAGCGCAUGACAUGGAUGUAAAUUGUGUCAGAUGGUGUCCUCAGGACCCGAGGGUGUUGGCUUCCGCGAGCGAUGAUGGCACAGUGAAAUUGUGGGAGCUGCGGGGCAAUGUACUGGAGUGAAUUGUACUCUAUGAUAAUAGUUCUAGUUGUGUACCUUAAGAUCACAGAUCAGUGUAGGGAUCGCCAUUUGGUUUCUGUUUUCCAAAACAAUGCUCCGUUAGGUUAGCUAAUACUUUUUGGACCUGCAAGAGCUUGGAUGGUGGUGAUCUUGUAACAGAUUUGCCAUCCAAGCCACGAGUUCUGGCAUCGAUAUGGAAUUGUUGGCGUAUACAAUAUGAAACAAUAGACGUGCUAUCUUUUUUUUAAACGAGCUUUGAAACAUCAAAUUAA